CAGAACCAUGGAACAAAAAGACAAAGUGUAUAUCCACUGCAAGCCCUCCACCUUGGAAAGUAACAUGGGGAACAAGACUGGAGCCCCACUGGGAUUUGAAGCUGGCCUCAGAGGACCUGCAGAUCAACGUGGCAGAGGCCACAGUUGUGGCGCCAGGAUCCAAGUCAGAGCCGUGGAACAAAAAGACAAAGUGGAUGUCCCGGGCUGGCCCUCCACCUCGGAAUGUACCAUGGAGAGCAAGACUGGAGCCCCACUGGGAAUGGAGCAAGGCCUCAGAGGACCUGCAGAUCACCGUGGCAGAGGCCACAGUUGUGGCGCCAGGACCCAAGCCAGAAGCACGGAACAAAAAGACAAAGUGGAUGUCCCCUGCUGGCCCUCCACCUCGGAAAGUAUCAUGGAGAACAAGACUGGAGCCCCACUGGAAACAGAGUCUGGCCUCAGAGGACCUGCAGAUCACCGUGGCAGAGGCCACAGUUGCGCCAGGACCCAAGCCAGAACCACGGGACAAAAAGAUAAAGUGAGUGUCCCGCCGGGCUGGCCCUCCACCUCGGAAUGCAACGUGGGGAACAAGACUGGAGCCCCACUUGGAGUAGAACCUGGCCUCAGAGGACCUGCAAGUCACCGUGGCAGAGGCCACAGUUGUGCCAGGACCCAAGCCAGAACCGUGGAACAAAAAGACAAAGUGGAUGUCCCGGUCUGGCCCUCCACCUCGGAAUGUAACCCUGAGAACCAGCCUGGAGCCCCACUGGGAAUAGAGCCUGGCCACAGAGGACCUGCAGAUCAACGUGGCAGAGGCCACAGUUGUGGCACCGGGACCAAAGCCAGGGAACACAGCGAGGCCCUGCCUGCUCUGGGUUCUGAGAAGAAGGUGCAUGGUGCACUGCUAAAGAGAAAACAGAUUCGACUACCAAGAGCGACUGGGGCUGUGGCCCACAAACCCCUCUGGCAGGGCAAGAAGUCCUCUGCCAAAAGAGGUCACACAGGGAAGGAGAACACUGUGUGCCAGCCUGAAGUCCUGCCCUUCACAAGCCCCCAGGAGGAGAGCUCCCAAGGGCCUCCGCUCUUCUGCUGGACCCCAGCAGUUUCAUCUCCGCCCUACGUGACAAUGACCUUGGGGCAGCAAUUGAUUGUUUCUCCUUCCGUGGAGCUCCAUGAGGCUGUUGCCUCAUCCAACUCACUCUCGGAUCUGAGCCCCCUGCCAUGUUCCACCAUGGAGCAUCAUCCACCAGAACAGCAGGGCCCCACUGCCUCUGACCAGGCCUCGGUUCCUGCGAUCUUAGAGUGUCAGGAGACACUGGAGGCUGCCGAGGCCCUGAUGACUCUGAAGAACUCUUCUUGGACCUGGCGCCAGACCCACAGCUAACCAGGUCUUGCUUGAGUUGGAGCAGUGAAGCCUCCCAGCCCAUCCUGUGAUUCAGAUGCACUCGUUGGCUCCAUCUCACUUCCUACUGAGCACCUACUUCCUACUGAACUGCACCUCCCUCUUGAGCUUAAGGGCCCAGAGGAGGGGGUAAAGGCUUGUUCAAGCACUGAGUAGUUGAUAUUCUGUGUGAUUCAUGUCUGAAAUGCUCAAAUGUGCUUUAAAAGCCUUCAGGCAUUUCAUAAGCUUUCAGACUCUUCAUAAUGUAGGUCCGUUCCUUGGCUUACAUAGUAUGUUAUUGUACCUCCAUCCCUUGUUCCUUUGGAAGUUGGCACUUCUUAAUGUAUGUUCUGUAGGUAAUAUGAUAAUAUGACCAGUCUGUUGGUGGGGUUCUGAGUGGGUUAGUAUGCCAGUGUUUGCAUUUGUUUUGUGAUUGCAUAUGUGCCUGGGCACUCCUGUACUUAAUACUUGCAUGUGGACACACGAGAAGUUUCAAUUUGUGUCUAGGCCUGUGUAUGUGAACAAAUAAUAAAGCAUUGGUGAGAGUCA